AUGGGACGAAACCGCAAUGGAAGGAAGAAGCAGCUGCUUGGCGUCGAUAAUCAUGAACAGUCUCAAGCCUCGUCGCUUCUUAUAGACUUUGAACACUCGGAUCCACCGGCGGAGAAUGCCACUACCGCUUAUGGUGGCUUAGAUGGUGCUGAGGACGUGGGUGGCGAUGUGGGCGCGUACAUGCAAGAGGAGCCUUAUGCUGACGAGGCGGGCUCUUCUUACGGUGCGCGGGAGUACGCGGAGUCGCCAGCGAUGAGCGGUCUCUCCCAGCAACUGAGGAGUGCCACACUAUCUAUGCCGCCCCCUGCUGAAACCCGCUUCUUCUCCGAAGCCGACUUCAAUGACGACUCGGAUGGAGAGCGCGUUGGCGAUGUUGAUAUACACACGGACGAUCCCGGAGCACGCUACAUCAGCGAGGCGGCGCCAAGUUCGCCCCCUGGUAUAUCCGACGAACUGCCUGCUUCGGGCAAGCAGGUCACUACUCCCAGACCUACGUCGGGCCAUGUUCGGACACCGAGUAUUCCAAAGCGUCCCACUCGCAUGGACAACCUUUCUAAGGCUGUCAAUAACUACGUUCCGUCUUCCCUAGCCAUUGCGAUACCCAGUGCAGCACUCUCGCCACCGCGCGUUGCACGCCCACUCUCUUUUGCCACAUUCAUGUCGCCCACAUCUGAUAACGAGCGCCACUCAAUGCCCCCUGGUCCACCUCCCUCCGAUCCUCGCCGCCAGAGCUGGGGCUCCGACGCUGGACACAAGACUCUAGACGAGGUUCUCAGUCUCGACAACCCGCACUCCGACCCUAGUCAAGCUCCCGGCAUGAUGCGAUACCCCAGCGGUGACGCUGACAAUAGCGAGCGCAUCUUGUGGUCACGAUGGGAUACAGUCGUCGACGGUCCUAUUACCAGGCGUUGGCUUCUUGUGGGAUACCUCCGCGGUAUGCAGAUCUGGGACUGCACCAGUCUCGACGCGCCGAAGGAACUGCUCAAUCUCCCCGACGUUUCUUGGGGUCGUAUCUGGCAAGCCUCCGUACUUCCUUCACCUGCAUCUGGUCCAGAUCAGCUUCAGCGGGCUCGACCGCUCAUUGGUAUCAUAGCCAAGCAGACUUCGCGCGAUCCACGUUUCCUCAUCUACUCUCUCCACUCUCAUGAUAUCAUCAAGACUAUCGCGGCUCCCGGACUGGUUUCAUUCUCAGCAAAUAAUCACUUCAUAGUUCUUAGCACAUCAAACCCAACAUCAAUCACGGUCCUAUCGGCUUGUACAUUUUCCGUCCUGCAUGUAAUAUCUGCGCCUUCGCUCGUCCCGUUCUUCCGGCCUCUACCAACAAACAAUAACGCACAAGAUACCUCUGUACUACUACCCGACAUAGACCCUACGGCGCCUCCAGCAGAUCACGAGCCCCGCCCAGUCUUCGCACUUUCCCACAGGCUUCUUGCAUUCGCAUCAACUCCGCCACGCUCCGAUACGAAGCCUGGUGGCUCAAUCACUACAUCUACUAUCAACCAGGCCGACCUCAGAGAUACAGCUCUGCGCGUCGGCACCACUAUUGGCACGAGCGUACUGAGUGGCAUGCGCUCGCUUGGCGGCAUGGCCAUCACGGCGGCGCGCUCACGCAUGGCCGGUCCUACAGCUCCCAUGCCGGCGCCUCCCGCCAGACCUUUCCAAUCCCGCAGCGCACCUUCAAGGCGCGCUAGCGUAGACAUCUCAGAUGAUGUGCAUCUCCGCGGCGACCCGUCUUCGGCCGCACCAGUGCCUACUGUCGGUAACGCCUUCGUGACAGUCCUCGACCUUCGUCCAUUACUCCAUGACGACAACGGCAAGCCAGAGGGUAUCGCCGAAUGGGAGCCUUCUCAGCGUGCGCACGUUGCUGCCUUGCGGUUCUCCGAGGAUGGUACCCAGGUCGUUGUGGUACCAGAAGAUGGUCAGACGCUCCCUGUCUUUAGGCUUCGCCCUCCUUCACGUGCCAAGCGACGCGUUGCUCAAGACACAGACUCCGUCAUGCCUGAGGAUGGCCAGCCGCAUCAUAUCUACGAUCUUCGGCGUGGUCGCACUUCUGGGCACAUUGAAGUUGUUGAACCUGCUUCUGAUGGCCGCUGGGUUGCGAUUGGCUCUCGCAAGCGCACGGUGCAUGUGUUCGCCACCAAUCCAUACGGUGGUCCUGCAGACGAGCGCAGCCAUGUAAGCGGACGUGUUCUCAACUCGCUCAAGCUGCCCCCUGCCUCGACUACUUCGGUCGCCCCGAUCAAGCGGCUUUACGCACAUAAGCCACCUAUCACGGAAGUCAGCGGCGCGCCUAUUCCACCGCUGGCCUUCACCUUCAUCACUUCUUCCUCUUCGCUCCCGAAGAGCCUCUUACCUCCUUCGGCCCAAUCUCCGCCUUCUUCGCGUCCUACUUCGGCGGGCUCUUCACCUAGUCCUGAGCCUUUAUCUCCGGUAGGACGACGGCGGCCGACGAACUAUCAAGAUCUGCUCAGCUUCGAUCCAGUUCACGGCACGCUCACGCUCUACCGGCUUUUCAUUGAGACGCGUGGGGCAGAAGGGAAUGCUCUGGUUGUCCCGGGUACUGGCUACUCGUUGCCGCUGACGAGUAUAUCGCUACCGGCACGACCGUCUUUCGCCGGCUCGAGCAAGACACCCGUGUCUGCACUCAGCAAGAUGAUGGAACGCUCAUCUGAGCUGAUUGCGCGUGAGGCAGAGGUCGCGGUGUGGCCACUUCGUCGUGCACGAGACUGGGAGGCCCUGCGCACGCCGCUCUCGUUGCAAGUCCCUUCUGCGAAGAAGCGCGUGGUUCUAUCCUCCAAGCCCAGCUGGCUUGCGUACGCCGAACUGCAGACAAGUUCUUUGUCGAAGCGAAUCAUGCCUCGCACCAUUUACCUUCAACACCAGUUCUCGUUCUUCGCGCUCAAUGACGACUAUCAUGGUUUGCUGCGUCGUCACAAGUACAACCUCGCGGGCAGGGUUAUAGCUGUUCGUCGCGCUGUUUCCGUCAGUGCGCAUCCGACGAGUGCCGGCGACGCAGCAUUCUUGGCCCACGAGCAUGGCGGCACUCCAGCUUCUUUCGACGAAUCCCUUUCGAGUGCCAUCACCAGCAGCUUGGAAUAUCCAUCUAGUCCACCCGUCAUACCCAUGUACCCGAAUGGCGCCCCUGGCACUUCAGGAUCGUUCAAGAACUCUCUGCCAAUUCAUCGUAUGGCCGACAACGUGACUGAUGGUAUCGGCCGACUACGCUCUCAAAUCGGUCGUGUACGUUCACCGCGCGUACUUCCCUCGCGUGGCGAACAAACAAGUACCUCAGUACCUCUGGAGUUCGACGAAGAGGAUGAAGACUUCGUGCUUGAACGGGGCGGAAGACGGAUGGAAGACGACGCCCUUUCGCACGCAACGAGCCAAGACGACGGACCGUCUGUCAGCACGCCAUCAAGCGGUGCAGAUGUCUUGGAUAAUGCGCGGGGUCAUGAAGCGCAUGUCGAGGAGUCAGAUCCCUGGCCAUCCUGGGAACACGCCGUUGACGAGGUUGAGCCUUUCGAUGAGAUCUCUGCGGUGGGAUUCAUGGAUGAAGAGCACGAUGCGCAUAGCGCGGGUCUUCAACGCACGGUAACGGCGAAGGCGAGCAAGAAGAAGCGGCGAGCGCGCGGUGUUCCCGAUGCGACGCUUACGUAG